AUGCAGCGCUCGCAUGGCCUGCCUUGGCCUGCCCUGCCAUUGCCCUGCCGCCGCCCUGCCAUCCAUCGCCCACGUCUGCUUUUGCCCGGCCCCGUCGACUUGUCCAAACCACACGCUGCUGCUGCUGCUGCUCCUGCUGCUGCUCCUGCUGCUGCUGCUGCUGCUCCUGCUGCUGCUGCCCCCGUCGCCGAAUACGCCCCAUCUCUCCUCCCCGCCGACCGACUGUCAAGGCACUACUCCCUCGCUCCCACGCUCGUCUCGAGGCGGCGUCAGGCAUCGAGGCAUUUUCAAGCCAGCGUCCAUGCGUACGUGUACGUACACGGUGGCUACUAUUAUUAA